AGUCCGAGUCAAGCGAGAAUCGAGACUAGCUGGGUUCUCUAGGUACACAAUGAAAAAUCAAUCGAAACGUUAAGAUUCUCCUUUGUUUCACGUUACUUUUUGAAAUGGCCUGCUGGCCAGGAUUAAGCUCUGGUCACGUGUCAUGAUUGAAAACAUUGACCGCCAGCAUCAGACAAUCUCGUUUCGUAUGUCAAUGGCAUAAACUCAUAAACGCAUUGCGUUAUGCUCUCUCAAUGAAGUUGGAUCAUUAGCCAGCUAGCUGGUAAAGAGAGCCCUAUGGUCUGGAACCUGGGCCUACGAUCGAGGUGGAGAUUCAGUCGUGAGGUGGAGAGCUACACACGAGCUGUAUGUGAGUGCAUACGUAUGACGCAGAUACUGGCUCCAAGCAAGCGUCCAGUUGUAUGCAGACACACUUGACAAGUUCAAGCUCUUCAUCCCGUGUCCUUUUUGAGCCCCUCCUUCGAUCGGCUUUCCUUUCACUCAUACCAGCCCCAUCAGACACCUCUAUCCUUCCCUUCCCGGGCCAAACUCGUUCACAUCCUCUUCAUCAUCCUCGUCCACGAUGAUCCGAUCCUAUGGCCUAGGCCUAUAGGCCGAGCCACUCAAAUCUACAAUACACUCAGUUUCUCAGUGGACAACGUGCAAGUUGAAAGUCGAAGCAUUCCAACAACAGCGGUCUGACGUGUUUCCAAGUGAAUUGAUCACAUCAUUAUGACUCGGGUGUCGGGGGAUAUCGUACCGGUUCAUGCGCAAGUCACUCGCAUACUCGCCGAUGGGACCGCACCCGCCGAUUUGGACCUAAGGAUGCAAGGGCGGCAACAUAGGGGCGAUGAGUUCGGAAUCGUUCCGUGGCUCCAUGAGCCCUUGACCAUGGACGCUCAGGAUGAUCUGGAUGAGGGCUGGAAGCGCAAGGCCACGGCUGAGGUGGCCGAGAAGGAGCAGUGGCGAGACCGAGACGUCCAGACCUUUCGAGAGCUCGUUUCAAACGAUGAAUCGGUCCAAUGCCCAACCACCGAUGAUUUCCUUCUGAAAUUCCUCCGCGCUCAAAAAUUCGAUUACGAUCGGGCCUUAGUCAUGCUGACCAGAUACUUCCGAAUGAGGAAAUGUAAUCCCGAGAAUUUCGAUAAAGCUCUCCCAUCAUUGGCCAAGUCCAUCUUCUCCCAUCAGCAACAGACCGUUCUGCCCUGUCGGGAUCGGAAUGGCCGACGAAUCUUCCUGUUCCGAGCUGGGAUAUGGGACCCCUAUCAGGUCACACCCGGCGACAUAUUUGCCGCGAAUUACCUGCUACUAGAAAUGAUUGCCCGUGAAGCGAAAUCACAAGUGGCUGGCUUGGUUAUGGUGGUGGAUCUGGCGGGUUUCUGCUUUUCGCACAUCAUGAACGUGUCCAAGGACCAUGUCAGGUCCGUGGCCAAUAUCAUACAAAACACAUUCCCAUUACGUUUCCGAGAAAUUCACAUCGUCAACGAGUCAUACCUUUUCGAUAUCGUUUUCGCCCUCAUCAAGCCAUUUCUGUCGGAAACUAUUCGAAGUCGAAUCAAGUUCCAUGGAUCCAACAUGGAAUCGUUGCACGAUUCAAUCUCGCCUUCAGUGCUGCCCUUGGAAUUCGGGGGUCAAGCCGGUCCCAUGGACAACUCAAAACUAGUCGACACUCUCCUUGAGCAUGAGGCAUUUUUCCAAGAUCUAAAUGAGUACGGAUUCGUGUCAGAUGUGGAGAAAGAAUCGCCCAAAAGUCAUCCAUAUCAGGGAUACUGUCUGGCAUCGCCAGCCGAAGAACCGUAAAUCAAUGGACCAUAUCAAAAAGAACACUGGACUGACAGCACCCCAUGAUGGAUAAUACUGAUCGAUCUUAUCGCUUUCGUUUUAAAAAGAAGCUUUCGUACCAAGGAUCAAAUGAACGAUGAACUAUUGCACCUUUCUAUAUCGAUGAAUUUUUUAUCCCUCACCGUGAUAUAACCAUAGAUCUAUUGCAAUUAUAUCCAUCAUAUCAAUGGAUGCAACGUAAAUAGGAAUCUGAGCUCCUCGAGAGUGAACUUGUCAUUUGUAACGGAAAUAAACGCAUUUAUCACCGA